AUGGCCACCUCUACGACUGACAAAACGCCAGCUGCGCCUGAUCCCAAGAUCACAGGCAGACCCAACAAGGGCAGCAGCGGAGGAAGCGGCAGAGAUUCGACAGAGCUCGCUUACCUCAAAUCGCUCGUGUCUCGCCUGAACGAAAAGAUCCAGAGCUUGGAGAGCUCUGCGGGCGAUGCUGUCUCUUCUGGCGGUGCGACGAUCUCGGGCGUGCUCGAAUCGGCCAAGCAGACCGUCGGUCUCACGCCCAGCGAGCAGAUUCGCUUGAUUCUCAUGGGACCUCCUGGCGCCGGAAAGGGCACUCAGGCGCCAAAGAUCAAAGACAAGUACUGCGUCUGUCAUCUCGCAACGGGAGACAUGCUGCGAGAACAAGUCAAGCAAGGUACGCCCUUGGGUAAAGAGGCCAAGAAGAUCAUGGACCAAGGCGGUCUGGUGAGCGAUGAGAUCAUGAUCAACAUGAUCAAGGACCAGCUGGACAACAACGAAGAAUGCGCCAAUGGAUUCAUUCUGGACGGGUUCCCUAGGACGACGCCCCAGGCUGAGAAGCUGGACGGCAUGCUCGAGCAAAAGGGUCAGAAGAUCGAGCAAGCCAUCCAACUCCUCAUCAAUGACAACAUCCUUGUCAGCCGUAUCACCGGCCGCCUCAUUCACCCUGCUUCAGGCCGCAGCUACCACAAAGAAUUCAAUCCUCCGAAGAAGAGCAUGACGGAUGAUGUGACGGGCGAGCCCCUAAUCCAGCGCAGUGACGACAAUGCGGAAACGCUGAGGAACCGCCUCUCGACUUAUCACAAGCAGACUGGCCCUGUCGCAGAGUACUACAAGAAAAAAGGCGUCUGGCACGGUGUUGACGCUGCCCAGAAACCCGAGACGGUCUGGAAGAGCAUCGAAAAGAUAUUCAAGGAGGCUGCAGAGCAAGACAAGAAGCGCUCAUCUUGA